AUGGACAAAAUAAUUGAAAUGGACUAUCAUCGUCGGCAGCCCUCACUGUUUCAUCUGCUGAGAAGAUAUACGUUAUGGCCUCCGGAAAAGCCGUUGGGACCUCUUCAUCAGUAUGAUCCUGCGAACGAUGCCAGUCCUUUAAUUAUAGGAGGAGAUUCUACAACUAUUACGGAGUAUCCAUUUCAAUUGUCUUUAAGAUACGGUGGAGUUCACAUCUGUGGUGCUACAAUCCUUUCGGAAAAAUGGGCACUGUCUGCUGCUCAUUGCCUGGAUGACGGAAGCUCGCCGACUUGGAUAACUUUUCGCGGGGGAAGUCCUCACAAACUAUCCGGAGGUUACAUUUUCCAUGCCAAUAAAAUCAUUCUCCACGAAAACUACAAUUCGAAGACAUUUCACUGCGACGUUGCAGUAGUAGAAAUAGUAGAAAACUUUCUAGUGGAUUUCCUGCAGCCAGUUCAGUUGGCAGAUAGUACUAUAAAAGUUGGCUGUCCGAGUGUACUUGCAACCGUUAUCGGAUGGGGUACAGCGGCUGAUGGCUAUGCACCGGUGAUUCUGCAAGAGCUGCGAGUCUUAAUUCAAUCACUGACUGCUUGUUCAAAGAUAUGGAUUGAACAACUAACAGAAACCAUGCUGUGCGCCGGAGGAGUCCUUGGUGAGGAUACAUGCAAUGGUGACAGCGGUGGUCCUUUGAUGUGUGAGAACUACCAGAUAGGAAUAGUAUCCUGGGGUUCAACAAAGUGUGCCGUCGAAUUGCCAGCAGUGUUUACGGAUGUAUCCAAUGCGGAAAUUCGUGAUUUUAUUCGCAAUAACACCGGCGUGUAG